UUGGCAAAACUUGUUAAGGCCGGACGCUCGAAAGGGAGUGGGCGCGCCCGUUCCUAGGCGCAUAUGGCGUUUGCUCUUUACCCCACUGAAAGCAGCCGUGAGGAAGUUUAACUAGUGUACACUUUCUUUGCAUCCGUCUGACUACUGUUGGAGUUUAUGAGGCCGAAGUGUAACGAAGUACUUUUAAAGGGUGGGGUGGGGGUGAGGCAGGAGGCAGGCGAGACUUUCCCUUCCUUCCUUUGUGUCCCGCUGAGGCGCACGCAGCUCACCGCGGCUCGUUCCUGCGCUCGGGGUGGUGCCGAGAUCGUUCCCAUCCAGGCUCCCUCCUCUCAGCCCGCCUUGCCUGGCCCUCCGUCUCCCCCCGGGCUGUCCGAGAAGAGUGUGUUCGUGUCUGGCCCGGCAAGAUGGCGGCAGCGGCGGGGUCCGGCACGGAACUGCUUGGGGUGCCCAUGGGGGUGGCCAGCGCGACCCCUUUGGCCCCUGAGGAGGUCGCCCGCAGACUGCAGCGCACAAGGCGAGAACUGAGCAACAGGCGCAAGAUCCUGCUGAGGAACCUACCCGCCGAAAGCAGCAGCCAGGAGAUCCAUGAUUUAUUAAAAGACUUUGAACUGAAGUAUUGUUAUGUGGAUAAAAAUAAAAGAACAGCUUUUGUGACUCUCCUGAAUGGGGAGCAAGCUCAGCAUGCAAUACAGUUGUUUCAUCAGCGAUCUCUUCGUGGAAAAGAAAUAUCAGUGCAGUUUCAGCCAACGGAUGCCCUCCUCUGUAUUACAAACAUUCCCACCUCUUAUACGUUACCAAAGUUUGAAGAACUGCUGCAACCCUAUGGUAAUAUUGAGAGACACUUUUUGAUUUAUAGUGAAUUCACUGGCUGUUCCAAGGGCUAUGGUUUUGUGGAAUACAUGAAAAAGGAUUCUGCUGCUAAGGCUAGAUUGGAUCUUCUAGGAAAACAGUUAGAUGGAAAUGUCCUUUUUGCGCAGUGGAUGGACGUUAAUCAGUUAUCUCCAGAUCAUGUACAUUCAAGGUGCCUUUGUGUGGACGAUCUCCCUACGGAUUACGCUGAUGCAGAAGAUAUCAUGAAAACUUUCUCAUCGAAAUACAAACCUGUGUUUUGCCAGCUUGCUCAGGAUGAAGAUAGCUCUGUUGAUGGCUUUGCAGUUAUUGAGUAUGAAACAGCAGAGCAGGCAGAGGAAAUACAGCAAGGUGCAGAUGGCCUGACUAUCAAAGGGAAGAGAGUGCGUGUAUCUUAUUGUGCUCCAGGAGCUCCAGGCCGAGGCACUCUUGCCACACUUAUAGCAGCACAACGCAUGAUGAGGAAUAACAGAAAGGGAUUGCUCCCAGAGCCAAAUGCAGCGCAGAUUAUGAAAAGCUUCAAUACCCCAGCAAUGUUACAAAUGAUACUACAGCCCCAGCUACGUGGAUGUGCUCACAAACCUGCAGUUCUUGGAGCUCCAAUGCAUUUGCCACACCUUGUAAGCCCAUCUCUCAGCCCAGCCUUUUUGCAUUUGAAUAAAGUCCAUCAGGGACCUGUAGUUGGAAAUGCAUCUAGUUUGCUGCUACAGAACCUCCCCCAUCUACAGUUGGUGCAACAACAGCUAGCAAAGGCUGAGAAUGUUCAAGCAAAUAGUAAACCAGGUUUACUUGGAGAGCCUCCAGCAGUCCUCCUUCAAACAAUGGUAGGCAUGGGUACUGCACCACCAGUUAGCCCAGAUGUGGGGAGCCAUGGAGAAGCACACCAUUUAUCAAAUCGGACUCCUGCUCAGAUGCCAGUUGCAGCAGGGAUUGGCAUGCUGCCAUUUUUUCCAAAUCAGCAUAUAAUUGAGCAAACAAUGCCAAGGCAAAAUAGUGCCCAGGAGAAUCCAUCACCAUCAGGAGGACUGGCAGAAAGGUCACAGAGUUAUCAACAGAGUUUGACAAACCUUCCUGCUGGACAGUGGGCCGGAUAUCUCAAGCAACAAAGUCAGCUAAAAAGUACUGACUCAAGUUUAGGGAUUUCCUCAAAAAAACAAACCUCUUUGCUGGGAGAUCCCCCCAAAGAAAUCCAUCUUAGUACUAAUCCCUACCUAAAUUUGGCAAGCGUGCUGCCUUCUGUGUGUCUUUCAGCAAUUGCCAGCAAAACCAAUAGCAAUAAGCAGCAUAGUGGGCUUCCUAAUACCUUGAUAGAGACCUCAGCUGCUCAGGAAACUCCAUCACAACAAGCAGUGGAAAACUACUUUAACUAUUCACCACAGUAUGGGGAUUACACUCAGGAAGCAGUCCAGCAAUGGUAUCAGCAAUAUGCGCAGGUGUAUCAAGCUGCUCAAACUAGAGCAGGAGAAUUAGAAACUGAAGGUUCAGGGGAAUCUGAAAUAGGAGUUUAUGGAGACGUCAGUACCUAUUUACAGGUCAUGCCUUCGUACUAUGCCCAAGGAUCCUUCCAUCCAGGCCUCUUGCCAUUUGCACCGCAAAACCCGCUGAAGGUAGCACCAGUAAGAAAUGAGAAGCGCAGCUCUUCAUGCCUCAGUUCCUCUCCAGAAGAUGGCCCAGUGGAAUAUGUUAGCCAACAUGCUCAAGGCUCUGGAGUACAUUAUGCAGAACUGUAUCUUAAAAGAAAACGUGUUUAUUAAGUUCAAAUCUUGGUUGAAACUAAAGCCAGUUUGUACUAUUGUGUACCAUUUCACCCGUAACUUUUGAUAUGUAUUGUAGAUAUUUUUAAAAAUUCUACAUAGGAGAUUUUAGUUUUUCUAAAUAAAGAUGUGCACAAAGGGGUGGUGGUGUAUCAACAUAUGUACCUGCUGAUUUUUUGCAUUCUCCUUUCUGUGCUGUAGAUGACAGGUCUUCCGUAAAGGUCAUAAAUAAAUGGCAGCUUUGUGGCUUGAGAAUUUGUCUCCAAAAGCAAUAAAACAGGGAAUGUGUCUUGUUAUGUUGUUAUGUUGAUAAAGUUGCAAUUAUUGUGUUAAAGCAA